CGGGCACGAGCGGAGCAGGGAGAGGCUGGACUAACCGCCCAACUUCCUCCUUCAGCCCCUCCCUCCCACACUCGCGGGCGAGCUUCGACCGAGCGGAGCUGGUGGAGGACCGCGAUUCCGCUGGGGGCGGAGGGGCUAGGGUUCGCAGCAGCCCACGUGACCCCAUUUCCCACCCGGUUCCAGCCCCCAGGUCCGGAGGCGGGGGCCCGGCGACCGACUCCCGGGCCGGACUUCGCGGUGGGGCCGCCGCCCGCGAGUCCUAUAGAGCCACCUGAGCCGGAGCCCGGAGGACGCCGUCGCUCCUCGUUGUCCGAGUCCCGCGCGCCGCGAUGGGCCGGGGGAGCCGGCCGCCGCCGCCUCUGCUGCUGCUGAUGCUACUGCUACUGCUACCGCCGUCUCCGAUUCGGGCGCUCGCCCCUCGGAUCAGCCUGCCUCUGGGCUCUGAAAAGCAGUCACUUCUCAGAUUUGAAGUGGAUCACAUCUCCAACUACACAGCCCUCCUGCUGAGCAGGGAUGGCAGGACUCUAUACGUGGGUGCUCGAGAGGCCCUCUUUGCGCUCAACAGCAGCGGCAGCUUCCUGCCAGGCGGGAGUUACCAGGAGCUGCUGUGGAGCGCAGAUGCAGAGAGGAAACAGCAGUGCAGCUUCAAGGGCAAGGACCCACAGCGGGACUGUCAAAACUACAUCAAGAUCCUCCUGCCACUCAACAGCAGCCACCUGUUCACCUGUGGCACCGCGGCCUUCAGCCCCGUGUGCACCUACGUUAACAUGGAGAACUUCACUCUGGCACAGGACGUGGUGGGGAACAUCCUCCUGGAAGAUGGCAAGGGCCGUUGUCCCUUUGACCCCAAUUUCAAGUCCACGGCCCUGGUGGUGGAUGGCGAGCUGUACACUGGAACAGUCAGCAGCUUCCAGGGGAAUGACCCGGCCAUCUCACGGAGCCAAAGCCUCCGCCCCACCAAGACUGAGAGCUCCCUCAACUGGCUACAAGACCCAGCGUUUGUGGCCUCAGCCUACAUUCCCGAGAGCCUGGGCAGCCUGCAAGGGGACGAUGACAAGAUCUACUUCUUCUUCAGCGAGACUGGCCAGGAGUUUGAGUUCUUUGAGAACACCAUCGUGUCCCGCAUUGCCCGUGUCUGCAAGGGUGAUGAGGGAGGCGAGCGGGUCCUGCAGCAGCGCUGGACGUCCUUCCUGAAGGCCCAGCUGCUGUGCUUGCGGCCUGACGAUGGCUUCCCAUUCAACGUACUGCAAGACGUCUUCACGCUGAGCCCCAGCCCCCAGGAAUGGCGUGACACCCUCUUCUACGGGGUCUUCACAUCCCAGUGGCACAGGGGGACCACAGAAGGCUCUGCCAUCUGUGUCUUCACCAUGAGGGACGUGCAGAGGGCCUUCAAUGGCCUCUACAAGGAGGUGAACCGCGAGACGCAGCAGUGGUACACCGUGACCCACCCGGUGCCCUCGCCCCGGCCUGGCGCGUGCAUCAACAACAGCGCCCGGGAAAGGAAGAUCAGCUCGUCCCUGCAGCUCCCCGACCGUGUGCUGAACUUCCUCAAGGACCACUUCCUGAUGGACGGGCAGGUCCGCAGCCGCCUGUUACUCCUGCAGCCCCAGGCCCGCUACCAGCGUGUGGCUGUCCACCGCGUCCCUGGCCUGCAGCGCACCUACGACGUCCUCUUCCUAGGCACUAGUGACGGCUGGCUGCACAAGGCGGUGAGCGUGGGCCCCGGGGUGCAUAUCAUUGAGGAGCUCCAGAUCUUCUCAUCAGGACAGCCCGUGCAGAACCUGCUCCUGGAUGCCGACAGGGGACUGCUGUAUGGUGCCUCACACUCGGGUGUGGUCCAGGUGCCCGUGGCCAACUGCAGCCUGUACCAGAGCUGCGGGGACUGCCUCCUGGCCCGGGACCCCUACUGCGCUUGGAGCGGCUCCAGCUGCAAGCACGUCAGCCUCUACCGGCCUGCGGUGGCCUCCAGGCCAUGGAUCCAGGACAUCGAGGGGGCCAAUGCCAGGGAACUCUGCAACACUUCCUCGUCCAAGGGCCGGACUUCUGUACCAAGAGGCGAGAAGCAUUGUGAGCCAGUCCAGUUCCAGCCCCACACAGUGAACACCUUGGCCUGCCCCCUCCUCUCCAACUUGGCAACCCGGCUCUGGCUGCACAACGGGGUCCCCAUUAAUGCCUCGGCCUCCUGCCGCGUGCUGUCCACCGGGGACCUGCUGCUGGUGGGCAGCCAGCAGGAGCUGGGGGAGUUCCAGUGCUGGUCGCUGGAGGAGGGCUUCCGGCAGCUGGAGGCCAGCUACUGCCCAAAGGUGGUGGAGGACGCAGUGGCAGACCGAGCAGACCGGAGUGGCAGCGUGCCCGUCAUCAUCAACACGUCUCGGGUGAGCGCACCAGCCGGGGGCAAGGCCAGCUGGGGUGCAGACAAGUCCUACUGGACCGAGUUCCUAGUGAUGUGCGCACUGUUCGUGUUCGCCAUGGUGCUCUUCAUUUUAUUCUUCCUCUACCGGCACCGGGGCGGCAUGAAAGUCUUCCUGAAGCAGGGGGAGUGUGCCAGCGUGCACCCCAAGACCCGCCCAGUGGUACUGCCACCUGAGACCCGGCCGCUCAAUGGCGUGGGCCCCCCUAGCACCCCACUCGACCACCGAGGCUACCAGGCUCUGUCGGACAGCUCCCCAGGGCCCCGGGUCUUCACAGAGUCAGAGAAGAGGCCGCUCAGUAUCCAGGACAGCUUCGUGGAGGUGUCCCCGGUGUGUCCCCGGCCCCGGGUCCGCCUGGGCUCUGAAAUCCGGGACUCCGUGGUGUGAGAGCAGACUUCUAGAGGCAGCCUCCCUCUAGGGGCCAGGAGUGCUCAGAGAGGGUCUGCUGGACCUCUGCUCCUCGUGGAACACAGCCGCGGUGCCCAGCCCUCGGGAGCGAUGGAGCCAGCUCGCCUGCUGUCGAGAGGCAAGGCCCCUCCACCCCAGAUGGCCACAGCCCCACAGGGCCUGGCUCAAGAUCAGGGCCUGCCCGAGUGGGCAGAACAGUGCUCCUUAUGUAAACUGAGCCUUUGUUUCAAAACAGCUGAAAUGUGAAACAAGAGAAAACAGUGGAGAGAACACAGAACGCCAUGCACACGGCCAGGCCAGCCCAGCCUCCGGACUGGGAGGGCUCAUGCAAAGUGGUUGUUGGAGACAGAGUUGGACAUCCCACACCAACUGGCCUC